AGGAGGACGGACACGCACAGACCCACGGACCCACUGUGACCCGCACUCCGGCGGCGGUGACACGGCCAUGGCCUCCAUCCUCUGCCGGGUCCAGUACCUGGAGGACUCGGACCCGUUCGUGUGCACGAACUUCCCCGAACCGCGCCGACCUCCGACGGUGAACGUGGAGGAGAACCUGCCGCUCAGUGAGCAGCUGCCCGGGAUCCACAAGCUGCUGGAGGCGCCGCUCAAGUUGGAGGAGUGCACCCUUCAGUUGUCUCCUAAUGGAAACUACCUGGACCUGGACUCGUCUCUGUCGGAGCAGAGGGACGAGUUGGAGACGUUCUACGCAGACGUAGAAAAAGGAAAGAAGCCCAUCCUGAUCCUGAGGACUCAGCUCUCCGUCCGGGUUCACUCCAUCCUCGAGAAGCUGUAUAACUCUCAGGGUCCAGAGCUCAGACGGUCUCUCUUUUCCCUCAAACAGCUCUUUCAGGACGAUAAAGAUCUAGUUCCAGAGUUUGUGGCGUCUGAAGGUUUGACAUGUUUCAUUAAAGUGGGAGCGGAGGCCGACCACAACUAUCAGAACUACAUCCUGAGAGCUCUCAGUCAGAUCAUGCUGUUUGUGGACGGGAUGAACGGAGUGAUCAACCACAACGAGACGGUGCAGUGGCUGUACACGCUGACAGGAAGCCUGUCUCGUCUGGUGGUGAAAACAGCUCUGAAGCUGCUGAUCGUGUUUGUGGAAUACGCAGAAUCCAACAGUCCUCUGCUCAUCAACGCUGUCAACACAGUGGACGGAAACAGAGGUGUGAAGCCGUGGAGUUACGUGAUGGAAGUCCUGGAAGAAAGAAACGGUUCAGACACAGAGCUCCUGAUGUUCGCCAUGACGCUGAUAAACAAGACCUUGGCCGUCCUCCCAGACCAGGACUCCUUCUAUGAUGUGACGGACAGUCUGGAGCAGCUGGGCAUGGAGACCAUCAUCCACAAACACAUGAACAACAAGGCCACGGAACCAGACCUGCGCACACAGUUCACCACCUACGAGACGGCCCUGAAAUACGAGGACGGAGACAUCGACGACCCGUCGUCUCACCUCCGUAAAGAGCGUCGUAAACCUGCCGCCGGUGAACAGGAAGGUCGGAGGAGUCGCCGCUCCUCGGCCCAGAACCUCCCUGACCUCCUGUCCUCCUCCACCUCCUCCUCGCCCUCCAUCUCCCCCGCCAUCACGCCCACCUUCCUGUCCCCAUCCUCCGUCAACACCCCCGUGUCCCCCGCCAUCUCCUCCGCAUCGUCCUCCAACCCUAGCAGGGCCUCCUCCCCGCUGACCUCUGACCUCGGUAGCCCCUCCUCCAGCCCCCCGGGGUCACAGAGGUCGUCUCCUGUGCCGCACGGUGCCGCCAACGGAUCAGCGCCGGUGACCGCAGAACCGGAACCGAAGGUGCCGCUGAGCCCGGGUCGCUCUUUCCUCAGUCAUCACAUGUCGGCUCUGGGUCUGAGCAGAAAGUCCAGACUGUUCUCCAAAACCAGCUCCAUCUCAGAGGAGCCUUCAGCCGCCGGCAGCUCGUCUCCGUCAGAACCGUCUCACACCCAUUUCACAGCCGAGGCGCCGAGCAACAAGACGGAGACCAAGACCAGCUUCAACUCUGGGGAGGAUGAAGAGCUCUUCUGCCCAGAUGACUGUAAUGUAAAAAUGGACAAGCCGGUUCUGAGGAAGUUUGAAGAUCACUUCCUGCGUAACCUCGCUGCCACCCAGUGGGAGAAGAGGAGGAGGAGUAAACACCAAAACCUGCCUCGGGUGUCCUCGUCUGAUGAUGUCAUAGCCCCGAGUCCACAGCCUGUAGACGACAGAGGCAGUGUCUCUACUGAAGGUCAGACGUCCAGAGGUUUGGACACAAUCGGACAUGCAGAGUCCCAGAAUGAAACAGCACCACCGAUCCAGCGUCAGUGCAGUACGUUGUCCAACGACAGGAAGUUCCUGCUGGACAUGCUCUAUUCUAAGACCUCAACCACGACGCCGCUGAGCCCCGCCCCUGCUCCUGACACCACCGAAGAAGAAGGGCCCGCCCCCUCUGGUGGUGAUAUAGGAGCCAUAGGCCGUGUAUCUGAACGCGUGUCGAGCUUCCGAGCACGCUCGGUAGAGCCCGCCAGCCCGAGUGAGAGCAGCGCUUCCCGGAGGGCGGAGCUAGAGGGACUGGAGGGUUCGGCCCAGGCAGCACUGGCCCGAUUGGCUGAAGAGAAGCAGAACCGCCAGCUCCGGCAGCAGUGCAGCAUCGACGUGGAGAGCCACGCCCGUCGCCUGGACACCAUCCAGAUGACCCCCCUGGGCGCCGGGGGUCACACCGACGCCUGGGACCAGCUGCAGCCCAGCGCCGCCGCCCUGCGCAUCAAAGACCUGGACUUCUCCGACCUGAUGGACGAAGAGGACAUCGACGUGUUGGACAUGGACGCCUUUGACUCCGCCUCCCAUCUAUCCGCCGUCCCUCCUCCUCCUCCUCCCAUCCCCGGACUGGCUGCACCUCCUCCCCCUCCUCCCCCACCCCCUCCUCUUCCUGGUGGUCCAGGAGCAGCCGGACCCCCUCCUCCACCCCCUCCUCCUCCUCCUCCUGGCGCUCCUCCUUUACCUCCUCCUCCUCCGGCCUUCGGGGCCGAGUCGUCGCAGAAGAAGAAGAAGAAGACGGUGAAGUUGUUCUGGAAGGAGCUGAAGCAGGCAGACGCGGCGCAGAAGUGUCGUUUUGGACGGGGGACGGUGUGGGCGUCGCUGGAUAAGGUUGCCGUGGACACCGCCCGCCUCGAACACCUGUUUGAGUCCAAGGCCAAAGAACUACCCGUUGCCAAGAAAGGAGCAGAGACAAAAAAGGCUGAGAUUCUGGUCCUUGAUCCGAAGAGGAGCAACGCCAUCAACAUCGGGAUGACCGUCCUGCCCGCCAUCCACGUCAUCAAGACCGCCAUCCUCAACUUUGACGAGUUCGCCAUCAGCAAAGAGGGAAUCGAGAAGAUCCUGACCAUGACCCCCACUGAGGAGGAGAAGCAGAAGAUCCAGGAGGCCCAGUUGGCCAAUCCUGACGUUCCUCUGGGUUCUGCCGAGCAGUUCCUGUUCAGCCUGGCCUCCAUCAGCGCCCUGACCCCCCGCCUGCAGCUCUGGGCUUUCAAACUCAACUACGAGGCUCUGGAGAAGGAGAUCGCAGAGCCGCUGUUCGACCUGAAGCUGGGGAUGGAACAGCUGGCAUCCAAUCAGACCUUCAAGAGAAUCCUGGCUACGCUGCUCGCCAUUGGAAACUUCCUCAACAGCUCCAACGCUAAAGGCUUCGAGCUGGGUUACCUGGAGAAGGUGGUGGAGGUCAAGGACACGGUUCACCGUCAGUCUCUGCUGCAUCACACCUGCAGCCUGGUGGUGGAAAAUUACCCAGAAUCCUCUGAUGUCUACUCAGAGGUCCCUGCCAUCACCCGUUCUGCCAAGGUGGACUUUGAGCUGCUCUCAGAAAACCUGGUCCAGCUGGAGAGACGCUGCAAAGCAUCAUGGGACAAUUUAAAGGUGGUUGCCAAACAUGAAACUAAAGCGGUGCUGAAGAACAAGAUGACGGAGUUCCUGAAAGACUGUACACAGAGGAUCAUCAUCCUGAAGGUGGUGCACCGCAGGGUCAUCAACAGGUUCCACUCCUUCCUGCUGUUCCUGGGUCAGCCGUCGUCCUCGGUCAGAGACAUUAAAGUCACCAGUUUCUGUCGGAUCAUCAGUGAGUUCGCUCUGGAGUAUCGAACCACCAGAGAACGAGUCCUCACCCUCAAACGGAAACGAGCCGCCCACCGAGAGAGAACCAAGACCCGCGGCAAGAUGAUCACCGAGACGGAGAAGUUUUCAGGGGCGGUACCUCAAGAGAAUAGCCCCUCCCCUGUCUCCAUAGCAGCAGAGGCGGCGCCUGGUCAGGAGGAGGAGCAUGAGAACAUGAAGAACCUCCUGAUCAGCAACGACACCCUUCAUGUCAACCAGGGCGGACUGAGACGGUCCAGAGCCGUUCGCAGUCUGGGCAGAGUGAGUCCAUCUCAGAUGACGGUGGCUAAAGACGACGGAACCAGCUCCCAAGACGACGCCACGGACGAGAUCAUGGACCGGCUGGUCAAGUCCGUUACCCAGAAUCCCUCAGACAGACAAUCCAGCCCCAAAACCCGCAAACGCUCCAGAAUGAACAGGAAGUCAUUGCGGCGGACUCUGAAGAGCGGCCUCAGUCUGGACGUGGUUCAGGCUCUGGGUCUCAACAACAAGACAGGAGACAAAGUCUGAGCGGAGACGAUCAAUCGACUGAUCGAUCGGUGGAUGAACACUAAUGUGAUGAAUCGGUCGAGCAGGAGGACGAUCAUCCAUCUGAUCUGAUUCACCGCCAACACACUCAGAAGCACUGUUCCUCUGCCGUUUGGAGACGCUUAGUUACAGAGACGUUGGAGAUGAAAUGAUUGAUGAGGCACAUUUUCUGUGGUUUUUAACGUGUUUAUGAAUUCAGAAGAAAAACCACCGAAGCUCAGCCAUAAAACCAAACAUUUACAGGAGCCACUGAGUCACCGAUCAGCUGUUUUCCUCUUAUUCCAACAGUAUUUCCCCUUUAAAACUAAACCUGGUGUCAAAUAAGAAUGUAAAGUGUAAAAUAUAAAAUAUAAAGACAAAUAUUCAGAUGUACGACAGCGGAUUAGGGCAGUGCAAGAAAAUAAAAACAGAAUAAAGUCGUAAAAUAUUGAGAUAAAACCUGUAAUUUCAUGAGAAUAAAGUCAAAUACAAAAAGAGUCACCAUUUUAAGAGAACGAAGUCGUAAUAUUAUAAGAAAAUUUGUAGUUAAAAAAAAAAAUCAUAAUUUAACGGAAAUAAUGCCAUACUUUUAUGGGAUUAAAGUUGUAAUAUUUUGAGAAUAAAGCCAUAACAUUGUGAGAAAAAGUCGUAGUUUAAAAAAAACUCAGAAUUUAAUGGAAAUGUCGUACUUAUAUGAGAUUAAAGUCGUAAUAUUUUGAAAAUAAAUUUGCUAUACUGCAAUAAAAAGUCAGAAUGUAUAAACUGUAUGCCUUAAACCUAGUUGAUGACAGAGUUUCCAGUUACAGCAAACUCGCUUCAAAGUCCUUCGACUAAUGCUAAUGUGUUGAUGGUGGGCGGGGCUAAUCAGCUCAGUAUUUGGUGGGCGGGGCUAAUAGGCUCAG